AUGAGCCAAUCCGCAGACGGUUGUCCAGAACCAGUCCAUGCUGGGGACAUCACACGCAAGGAAGAACAAGCGGGGAUUCUGCCUUCACAUGGUAUUUCUCUUGAUGUCGCUGGCGAUACAGAAAGCGGACGACCUCCUAUUCUACAACACCUCUCUGCUCCCGCAUAUCACUCCCCACUGAGGCACCAUAAGCGACAAGCCUCGUACCACAAGCAAGUGAAGGAAACACUCAAUGCGAAGUCUGAAUAUACGAACAAUGAGGAUGAUGGACGUGGGGAGCAUAGAAUCAAUCAGUACAUCAUCAAGGAUGAGAUUGGACGAGGCUCGUUUGGUGCCGUUCAUCUGGCUGUCGACCAGUAUGGAAAGGAAUAUGCAGUCAAAGAGUUCUCAAAGUCACGGCUUCGAAAGCGAGCACAGUCGAAUAUUCUAAGAAGGCCUCACGCAGCAGGUCGAAGACCUGGGCAUCUGGCGGCUGGUCUUGGGUUCAAUGCUCCGUUACACCGCCACCCAGCGUCCGAUAUACACAACGGAGAAGAGAAAGGCAAUCCCUUAUAUCUAAUAAAGGAAGAGAUUGCCAUCAUGAAGAAGCUAAAUCACCCCAACUUGGUGUCCCUUAUUGAGGUUCUAGACGAUCCUGAAGAAGAUUCAUUAUAUAUGGUGCUCGAGAUGUGCAAAAAGGGCGUCGUUAUGAAGGUUGGGCUUGGAGAACAAGCAGAUCCAUAUGAUAUGGAAAGUUGUAGAUGCUGGUUCCGUGAUUUGAUUCUUGGCAUUGAAUACUUACAUGCCCAAGGAGUAGCUCAUCGAGAUAUCAAGCCGGAUAAUCUUCUAUUGACAGAUGACGAUGUAUUGAAGAUUGUCGACUUUGGCGUGUCAGAAAUGUUCGAAAAGCAAUCCGAGAUGCUCACAGCAAAGUCAGCUGGAUCACCAGCUUUUCUACCUCCAGAGCUCUGUGUUACAAAGCAUGGAGAUAUCUCCGGCAAAGCUGCUGAUAUCUGGUCGAUGGGGGUCUCUCUUUAUUGUCUCAGAUUUGGCAAAAUCCCAUUCGAGAAAACUGGCGUCUUGGAACUGUACGAAGCGAUAAAAUCAGAUGAUAUCAACAUUGAAUCGGAAAACGAUCCCGAUUUCUGUGAUCUGAUGCGGAGGCUUUUAACUAAAGAUCCCGAGAAGAGAAUCAAAAUGCCAGAAAUUCGAAAUCAUCCAUGGGUAACUAAGGGAGGAACUGAUCCUCUCCUAUCUGCGGAAGAAAAUACAGCGGAUCUAGUCGAGCCCCCUAGUGAUAUCGAAGUCAACCACGCUAUCACGAGCAAGAUGAGGAAUCUCCUGACAAUGAUGAAAGCAGUCAAGAAGUUUAAAGGACUUGUUGAUGAUCGAAGACCGCCAGGUGGACUACAAGGUAUUCUUGGAAAGGGUAUGCGCUCCGUAAAGUCGCCCGAGACUACUCUUUAUAACCUUCGAAGUCUCGCCGAGAAGAAGGAUCCAGCGCAAGGGCGUCCUCAGACUUUACACGAAACAAAAAGCUUAGAUCUCGAUGACCGACGGCCCAUUGAAUCAGUUCUCAGCGCUCAAGGUGUCCAUCAUGACUUGAGGCUAAGUGACGCAGUGAAAACUAUGGACAAUCGUGUCGAUUCGUCAAUGGUCUCAAUCGAUCAGCAGUCCGUGGAUCGUCAGAGAUCACAGACGAGUACCAGUAGCGCCGGCGAACUACCACGUGUGGACUCGUUCGGUGAAAAGGGCCACGCGCAUGACCCAUUGGAUGAACAGCCUUUAUUUCUUGGUAUUGGUGCUGGUGACGCUGAAGACGAUGUCAUGGCUGAGAGUGGUGCGUUUAAUCAAGUGGCUGAGUCUCCAACAGCAGCAGAAUUUAGUAUCUAUGAUACUGCGUAUGAGCAGGAAGUUGAGCGUAUCCGUGCAGCGCAGGGCAGCACUGCGAAGGUCUACCUUACCCGCCGAGUCGAUCGUAUAAAGAGGUACACUACAGACGACAACAUGAUCAAGGUACCAAAAUUUGCCGAGACUUUUGGAUCCCACACCGGGUUCAAAUCACUACUUGAGCGUGCCCGGGAUAAACAAGACCAGACACCCGUUGAUCAAAGGGGUACUGAGAAUCAAAAUGACAAGGAUAUUCCGAGCGAGAAACAGCCCAAGGCAAAUCAAACAUUCUCUGAGCUUGCCGCAAAGCUGAUGAGCGACACUAAAGAGGUUGGGAAAGAUCUACAGGAGAGGGGUGGUUCUGCCAUCAACAGUCUAAUUCAAAAGGCUACGGAGAAGAAAAAUGACCAUGCAGCAGGAAAGAGUGCUUAG